CACAAAACACUCCCUGUAUAGCCGUUAGAGCCUAUCCUCUUCGUUCUUCCCUGGCUUCCUGCCUGCGAUGGCCGCCCAUUCUUCAUUUUUUCCCGAUACUCACGAUUCUUCAUCUUUGAAGAGGAAGAGGCCUCUCAGGAUUCUGAUCCCAGAUUUAUUGCAAGAAAUCCAGACACCCAAGCUCAAUGACUCCAAGGCAUUGGAGGACGACGUUUGUUUUAGCGGACUUGGUUUUGGGGUUCUUUCUGUAAAAGGCAAGAAAUUGUGCAUGGAAGAUGCUCACAAGAUUGUUUCUUCUUUAGAGAGCAACCCGAAAAAAGGCUUCUUUGGCGUCUACGAUGGGCAUGGUGGGAGGAAGGCCGCAGAGUUUGUCGUCGAGAACUUACACGCUAAUAUUCUCAAAAUGGUGGAGAAUUGUUUAGAGUCAAGGGCCAAGGAGGAAGCCGUUAAAGCUGGGUAUCUAAAGACAGACGAAGAAUUUUUGAAAAAGGGUAUAGGAAGCGGUGCCUGUUGCGUGACAGCCCUGAUCCAAGGGAAAGAGAUUGUUGUUUCAAACGUGGGAGAUUGCAGGGCAGUUCUUUGCAGAGGUGGAGUGGCCGAAGUUCUCACAAGAGAUCACAGAGUGGAACUAGAAGAUGAACGGAGAAGAAUUGAGGAAAAGGGAGGAUACGUGGAGAUCCAUCGAGGAGCUUGGAGAAUUCAUGGGGUACUCUCUGUUUCUAGAAGCAUUGGGGAUGCUCAUCUAAAGGAGUGGGUGGUGGCUGAGCCCGAUACCAAGAUUCUGCCAUUAACUGCGGAUAUGGAGUUUCUUGUGUUGGCUUCUGAUGGACUGUGGGAAGAGGUUGGUAACCAAGAAGCCGUUGAUACUGUGACACGUUUAUGUCGGAAUGAAGAGAAGCUAGGCUCCUUGGGAGAUGAACAGAAUGAUGUUGAUGAUGACUAUGGUCAAGUAAACGUAAGUCCGUCAUUGAGGCUACGAAGAGUUUCACUUGUGAAGCAGUCGAGCGGCCAUAAAAAGACAUUGAAUGGCUUGAAUGAAGUUGGGGAAGAUGAUUUUCGUUGUGAAAAUGAAAGCCCCCCAUCGAAAUCACGCAGAAUUUCAUCGGCGAAGCGAGUGUUUAUUAAAAAAGAGACACCAGUAAAACCAAUCAAAGUGUGCAAGAAAAGUGCAACCUCUGGACUUCUGCCCGCUUGCAAGGAGCUUGUGAACCUUGCCGUGGGAAGGGGGACUUUGGAUGAUAUUACUGUAAUGAUAAUUGAUUUAAAACACUACAUGUGUAACAUCUAAAACUUACAAUUAUUUGUAUAAGUUACUUUGUUUAAAGGGGGACUUUGGAUGAUCUUACUGUAGUCAUAAUUGAUUUAAAACACUACAUGUGUAACAUCUAAAGCUUACAAUUAUUUGUACAAGUUACUUUGUUUAAAGGGA